AUGGCCCAGUCAUAUUUCGAAAGCAACAUUGCUACCACCGCCCUGAAGGGUCAACUCAGAUCGGUGCAAGCUAAGAACGCCCCGAAGAAGCCUGAAUGGGCCAGUUCUCACCAAAAUGAGCAACCAGUGUCGACCAAAGGGCCUCGACCGCUGCGCCUUGUCGAGAAGUACAACAAAGAAAAGGAUGACUCUUCGACCAAUCAGAAUACCCCAAAUCCCGAUAGCACAAACGCUCAGAAGACCGAUAUUACCGCCGAAGACCCUCAUUGCAGUGGCGCCAUCCAGGAUGACUUGCCGAUCCAGAUGGUGGACGCCGAGAAUGGGCAACAGCUUCCGGAACAUCCCCAUCGCCAGAAUUCACAGCACUUCCAUGUCCACGAGGGCGCGGGUACUGACCAGGUAACUGACCAAGUUAGCCAACUACCCGAGGAUGAAGAACUGCCGCCAAUCAAGACAUUCUGGGAGAAGGUCGAGUCUGCCUUGUACCUCUACCAGUUGCGAACUCAUGGUGACAACGAGGAGCAUCCCUUCUACCGUGCUAGGGCCAAGGCUUUUUCCAUGCACAAAGCAGUCGGCAUCCUUGCCGGCUUUUCAGCGAGUCUGUUUUUUUCGGUCGGAAUAUAUGCCCUCAAAGACCAUGUCCAACCUCCUCUGAAUCUCCCCUUUAUGUUCACUUGGAUCGCUAUCAGCGGCAUUGUAGUCCUCUGGGCCCUAGUGGCUGUCAUUCUGAUCCAGUGCUCUAAGAGAGGGCUCAAGCACGACUUGGAGGUUGCUAGAAUGGGAGACGCUUUCAAUGCCACCACUGUUGGGGUGGCUGAUUCAGAGGGAUGUUUCGUGAAUGGUGUGCGUUAUGAGGGCGAGCAGCCUCCCAAACCGGAUUCCAUCACGAAUGAAACUAAUCAGCAGGCAAAUAUUCAAGAAGCCCCGGAGGCUUCUGGUUCUGGUACGCACCCAAGCCUUGCUGUCAUCCGUGAGUCUAAAGGUCGCUGGGCUAACAACACAAAGGAGGAAUUAUCUAAGUUGUCUGGAACACCAGAGUAA